AGUAUGAAUCUGUAAGUCCUGAAUAAAACUUAAAGCCAAACAGCAUGAGGAGCAGCAGAGUGAAGUGGUUCUGUACACUCACAAUGGGCAGAAGACAUCUGAUGUUGUGGAUCUUUACUCUGUGUGUUUCACUCGAUCCCACAGUCGGUCACAUUCCUGAACUAGAUGGAAAAAAGGUGUAUGAGAUUGUUCGACCAAUCAGAUUACAUGCUCUACAAAAAAGAGACUUAAAGUCAAGACCUGACACGGUGAAAUAUGCUAUGACACUGGGUGGUAGAGACAUUGAAAUGCACCUCCAGAAAAAUGAUGGCCUAUUGACGAAAGACUAUAGAGAAACUUAUUACACUGAAGAUGGGAUGCUUGUCACAACCACACCUGAGGAUCUGGACUUAUGCUAUUAUCAUGGGAAAAUAGUCAAUGACAGUAAAUCAUCGGUUAGCAUGAGCACCUGCGAUGGAUUACGAGGCUAUUUCCAAACAGAGGAGCAGAGGUUUCUGAUCGAGCCGUUGUCUGAGGAUGGUGAUGGUGACCAUGCUGUCUUUAAGUACGAAGAUGUAAAUGAAGAGACGCCUAGAGUGUGUGGAGUCACCAACACUACUUGGGACGAGAGUGACGAAGGCGCUCCUCCACGCAUUCUCAAAAGUCGUUCUCGUUCCUCAGGGCCAACUUUUUUCCAGCAACAGAAAUACAUUGAGCUCUUCCUUGUGGCAGACAACAGAGAAUACAAGAAAAUGGACAGCGAUCUUCAGAAGCUGAGAAAGAGGAUAUUUGAAAUCAUCAAUUACAUCAAUAAUGCAUAUAAAGAAAUCAACACAUUUGUUGCUCUGACUGGAUUUGAAGUCUGGACAGAUAGCGAUAAGAUAACAGUUUCUCCUGUUGCGGGAGCUACCUUGGAAAACUUUACCAAGUGGAGGAACAGUGAUCUUGUCAAAAGAAAACAGCACGACAACGCCCACCUCCUUAGUGCAAUCAACUUUGAUGGAGCAACUGUGGGUCUAGCUUACAUUGGAACUCUGUGUGGAGGUCUUUCAACAGGGAUUGUGCAGGAUCACAACUCUCAGGCUAUAGCAGUGGGGGCUACUAUGGCCCAUGAGAUGGGGCACAAUCUGGGCAUGAGUCACGACAGCAGCAGCUGCGAUUGUUCUGAUGGCACUUGCAUUAUGACAGCUGCUCUCAGCUAUUUCAUCCCUCAACACUUCAGCAGCUGCAGUACUAAUAACUAUGCAGAUUACCUGAACAGCAAAAACCCAGAAUGUCUUAUGAAUAUGCCCAAACCAAAAGAAUUGAUUCAGCCACCUGUAUGUGGAAAUGGAUUUGUGGAGAUAGGAGAACAAUGUGACUGUGGAACACUGCAGGAGUGCACAAACCCAUGCUGCAAUGCCACCACCUGCAAACUGACAGAGGGCUCACAAUGUGCAACAGGGGAAUGUUGUGAGAAUUGUAAGAUCAUGUCAGCCGCACAUGUGUGUCGUCCAAAUAAUUACGAGUGUGAUUUGCCCGAGUCAUGCACUGGAAAAUCAGCCGAGUGUCCUGAAGAUGUCUUUACAGUCAAUGGACUCCCUUGCAAGAAUGGGAAAGGCUAUUGCUACAAUGGCCAGUGCCCACAGAGAGAGGAGCAAUGCAUUAAAAUGUGGGGUCCAACUGCUGUAGUGGCUCAGGACUAUUGCUACAACCAGAACACAAGAGCGGAAUACUACGCCUACUGCAAACGCAAUGGCGAUAAAUAUAUUGGAUGCCAAAAACAAGAUGUGAUGUGUGGAAAACUGUUCUGUGAAUCUAGCAAUGAAAGUCCCAAUUAUGGACGCCUAGUAAAAUUCAAAAAUUGUAAAGCCACAUUCUACAGUGAUCCUGAAAAAGAUUAUGGUCAAGUCGACACUGGCACCAAAUGUGGGGAAGGACUGGUUUGUAACCAGAAUGAGUGUGUUGACCUAGAGACGGCUUACAAAGCAACAAACUGCUCCGCCAAGUGCAGAGGCCAUGCGGUUUGUGACCACAGAAAGGAGUGCAGAUGUGAAACUGGAUGGCUGCCUCCAGAUUGUGAAACACCAGCAGAAAGUGAAGGUUCUUCUAAAGGUGUGACAAUAGCCAUUGCUGUGGUUGUCUGUGUCCUGAUUGGGAUACUUCUAAUUGGACUGGCCGUCUUCUUUUACAAGCGCAGCAAGCGCACGCCACAUUCAUUCGGCCGUCCAAGGCAGCAGAAAGUUCAUGUAGUCAACAUCCCUGACUACAGCCAUCAGUCGACACCAAAUCAGAAGCCAUCUCCGGUAACAAGGCCUUCAGCACCACCUCCACAUCCACCUCCACUCUCUUCAGUUCAAUCCAGAGCUCUACAUAAUGACUACCUAAAUGCACGACAGGCUCUUAGACCACCUCCUCCAAGGGUGUGAUGUCUAGCACCUGUCAAACCAGCACUUUGGAUGGUCAGAGACUCCAGACCCUGCAGAUUGGAUAUAAGUGUGUUACAAGCCUGAGGCUUAGUAAACCAACACAACUAAAUGAAUUUUACAGUGUGUAAAAGAUUGUCCUUGAGUGACAUGAUGAAUUUUAAGUCGUUUUGUUUUUAAUUGAAAAUUUGAUUUUUAAAUUUCACUUUAAUUUAUUUAUUUGUACAGUCUGUUCCUGUAUAAUUGAGCCUGCCUUCUGUAUAGUAAUGGUUUUUAUGAUUUUCAGUCAGCAAAAAUAGCCCUCACGUCCACAGAUAGCUCACAUUAUAAAGCUGAUUUUCUAAAGUUUAUAAAAUUUCACACCCCCUCUGUAAAGUCACUACCUCUUCUAGAUGUGAUUCUAUUCUAGUUUUUCAUUGCAAUAUCAGCAACUUCUUUUUUAUGCUUAAAAAAAGGCUUUUAAAUGCUUUAAAUAAUUAAAAUUUUUGUGGUUUUAUAUUUAUGAAAACUUAUUGUUUUGUAAAAUGCAAUGUGAAUUUAUGACUGAAAUAUAUUUGCAUGUUGAAUCACAUUCAGAUUAUUGUUUUUUAACCAACUGAUUAAAAAUUAAGAAAAUAUGACCAAACAUGAGGACCAUAGUAUUUCAGUUUUUAUUUGUCGUCUUAACUGAUACAUCUACAUAAUAUCAAGAAAUUUAUGGUGGCCUCGCGUUACAAGUACUUGAUAAAAUGGUAGUUCAAUUAAAUCUCCAUAUUGUAUUUUUAAUGAUGCUAUAAUUGUGCAUAAACAACAUUUUUACACAUUCCCACAGAUGUGUUUCAGGGACUUCAUUGAGUCUCUGAGCCUAUGAAGGCCUAAUACUCAACAUUUCAACUCUUGAACGCAAACAGAAACUUAAUAAAUUCAAACUUCCACAUCCUUCCAUUAGAAGUUCACAUUGCCAAUACACCAAGACCAGCUCACACCCUGUUAAACCAUUCAAGAAAAACAGUAGAACUGAUCCCAGAUCAGCUGCUUAAUCCAUUGGUAUACAUGCAAAUAAAUGUAGCAAAUGUUCCCUUUAGAGUUCACAGACAUACUGCACUGAUUAGAUCCAGCAAAACACACAUACACACUUCAGAAAAUGCUGUAUGUUGGAAGGUUGCACUGGAAUCACAUUUAUUUGUCAUAAAAGCUGAAUUCAUACACCUAAAGAUGAGCACAACAUAUCGGUCAUAUCAUUAGAUUUUAGAAAGAAAAAAAAAAUUCAGUCUCAUGUGAAGAACAGAUCCUGUAUUUAAAUAAAAAAUAAGUGAAAAAAAAAAAAAA